GGCCUGGGCGGCUCCGUUAUGGGGUGGGGCUGGCGAGAGGGGGCCCAGGCAGCCUCUCAGGGGGUGUCAGUCAGUGCUGGUUGUUCGUCCUCAGUGCAGGACAACAGCACCACAAUCUGGCACAAUGGCUUCCUUCCUCCAGCGCUGCCCCUUCCUGACCCGGGACCCCAGCAUCUUCUUGCUCAAAGCUCGCCCCCUGCUGGUGAGCAGCGCCCAGCGAUGUCCCAUCAUGGUGGCCCGGACCCUGAUGGGCUCCUCCCCAGACCCGCAGAGGGGGAUGGACAACCCCAUCCCACUUGCAGCAGGAUCUGUCCCCCAGGAGUCGGAGACCCCAGAAACAGCCUCCAGCCCUUCCCAGACCCACUGCCCCUUCAUGGAGUUGGAGGUGCGGGACAGACGGAGCCGGAUCGUUCAGCGCGCUGGGCCAGAGGUGCAGGAGGAUGUGAAGGUCUACAAGGCAGACCCCCUCAGCUCUCUGCUCCUCGAGGUCCAGUCCAGCCUCCGAAAGAAAUUCCUGGGCCGUGACGGGCCAGGGCCUGACGCCCGGCUCCUCCCCACCCACCUGCUCCAGGACAAUCUGCCAGGAUCCGGAGCUUUCUCCUAUGAUUCCUUCCUGGAGGGGCGGCUGGAGGCCAAGCGCCGGGAUCACACCUAUCGCGUCUUCAAGACGGUGACGCGCCGGGCGGAUGCCUUCCCCUUCGCCCGGGAGGCCGCGGGCCCCGAGGUCUCGGUCUGGUGCAGCAAUGACUACCUGGCCAUGAGCCGCCACCCACGGGUGCUGCAGGCUGCCAUGGACGCCCUGCAGCACCAUGGCUUGGGGGCCGGGGGCACCAGGAACAUCUCGGGCACCAGCCAGUACCAUGUGGACCUGGAGCGGGAGCUGGCCCAGCUCCAUCGCAAAGACGCCGCCUUGUUGUUCUCCUCCUGCUACGUUGCCAACGACUCCACCCUCUUCACCCUCGCCAGGAUGAUGCCAGGCUGUGAGAUCUUCUCGGACGCGGGGAAUCACGCCUCCAUGAUCCAGGGGAUCCGCAACAGCGGGGUCCCCAAACACGUCUUCCGGCACAACGACCCCCAGCACCUGGCCCAGCUGCUGGGCCGCAGCCCCCCUGGCAUCCCCAAGAUUGUGGCCUUCGAGACUGUGCACUCCAUGGACGGUGGGAUCUGCCCCCUGGAGGAGCUGUGUGACGUGGCCCAUGAGCACGGCGCCCUCACCUUCGUGGACGAAGUUCACGCCGUGGGGCUGUACGGCGCCCGUGGGGCUGGCAUCGCGGAGCGUGACGGGGUGCUGGGCAAGGUCGACAUUGUCUCCGGCACCUUGGGGAAGGCCUUCGGCUGCGUUGGGGGGUACAUCGCCAGCACGGCGGCGCUGGUGGACACGGUUCGCUCCUACGCGGCCGGCUUCAUCUUCACCACCUCGCUGCCCCCCCCGGUGCUGGCCGGCGCCCUGGCCUCGCUGCGGGUGCUGGCUGGGCCCGAGGGCCGGGGGCUGCGCCGGGCCCACCAGCGCAACGUCAAGCACAUGCGGCAGCUGCUGAUGGACGCUGGGCUGCCCCUCGUCAGGUGCCCCAGCCACAUCAUCCCCAUCCGGGUGGGCGACGCGGCCUUGAACUCCCAGCUCUGCGACCUUCUCCUGUCCCAGCACAACAUCUACGUCCAAGCCAUCAACUACCCCACGGUGCCCCGGGGCGAGGAGCUGCUGCGCCUGGCACCCUCCCCCCACCACACGCCCCCCAUGAUGGACUACUUCGUGGAGCGCCUGGUGCAGGGCUGGCAGGACGUGGGGCUCCCCCUGCAGCCCCCCGCGUCCUCCGCCUGCCAUUUCUGCCAGCGGCCCCUGCACUUCGCCCUCAUGAGCGAGUGGGAGCGGGAUUCCUUCGGCAGCCUGGGGGCCCAGUGCGUCACCAGCAGUGCCUGAGCCCGGGAUGGACGCCCCCCCCCUGCGUGGGACGGACACCCCCCCCCGCUACACGGGGCAGACCCCCCGGCGUGACCUGACAAGGGCUCUAAAUAAAACCCACUCAGCUUGUGUCUGUGUCCCUGACUGCGUGGAACCCAGGGGUCCGGGCACCUAUCCCCCCACUGCUCCCCUCCCAGAGCCAGAGAGAGAACCCAGGAGUCCUGGCUCCCAGCCCCCCCGCUCUAACCAUCAGCCCCUGCUCCCCUCCCAGAGCCGGGGGGAGUACCCAGGAAUCCUGGCUCCCAGCCCCCCCUGUGCUGUAACCCACUGAAUCCUGGGCCAGGUUUUCCCCUGCCAUGUGGGCCCCUGGGCUCCCUGCCUGGUUGGUGGGGGGGCUGGCCCUAGGGGCCCCAUGUGGCGGGGGGGGGAUAAUCACAGUUGCACUUGGCUGUCGGGCAGCCCCACGGUGCUGGGGGGGGUGUGCCCAUCUUGCGCCCUCACUGCAGUCCACCUGCUCCGGAGGGGCUGGACCUCCCAACCUGCCCCUUCCGCCUAUUCCAGACCCAGGCUCCCCCCCCCCGCCCACCAAGGUUUCAGGAACUCACUGUAUCAGCCCCCCCCCAAAUCCCCAUCUGCAGCUGGGGCCCUUGGCAGCGGGGCUGGGGGGGUCCCAAGAUGCUGCAGCCUUUUGUUUCUGGAGGGGAGGGGGGUUGGCGGUUUUACAUGCUGCACUCCCUGGAAUUACAGUUCCUUUGUUCCCGGUCCCUGGUGUCCCAUGGGGGGG